GUCGCAACCAAUUGCUAAUUUCAUGGUCAUCUGACAACCAUCUCACUGGCCGUGACGACUGACGACAAAAAUUUUUACACUAGCUACCACCAACAAAGAAUCUUUUGUGUAUAGAGCAAACUGGUAGUAAAUUGCUGAAAAUAUAUUUCAUUAGAAGUUUUAUAAACAAUAUACGCCCUUAAAAACAUUAUUCAUUGUGAUAAAGUGUGAUUGGUGCGUGAAAUCGUAAUGUCAACUCCUGCCAGAAGACGCCUGAUGAGGGAUUUUAAACGUCUUCAAGAAGAUCCACCCACGGGUGUGUCAGGUGCUCCUACCGAUAACAAUAUAAUGAUCUGGAAUGCUGUGAUAUUUGGUCCCCAUGACACUCCAUUUGAAGAUGGCACAUUCAAACUGACCAUUGAAUUUACAGAGGAGUAUCCCAAUAAACCUCCUACGGUUCGGUUUGUGUCCAAAAUGUUUCAUCCAAAUGUUUAUGCUGAUGGUGGAAUUUGUUUAGACAUCUUGCAAAACAGAUGGAGCCCAACAUAUGAUGUAUCUGCUAUCUUAACUUCUAUACAGUCAUUACUAAGUGAUCCAAACCCAAAUUCACCAGCGAACUCAAUGGCAGCGCAACUAUACAAAGAAAAUCGGAGGGAGUAUGAAAAACGAGUGAAAGCAUGUGUAGAACAAUCGUUUAUUGAUUAGCAGGGUGCGGGCAGGACACCCGCUCGGGGCUCGGCAUCCGCGCCGGCGUCGCCGGCCGUACCUCCGCGUUCAUUCAUUUAUUGGGACAACCAAGUAAAUUAAUAGUAAUUAAUCAAAAACACCAUUUCCAUAUACCAAUAAGAUUUUUAGUACCUAAUAAUAAGAAGUUAAAAUUGAAGUCAAUCAUAUUUUUUUAUCAUAUAGCAAGCUAUGAUGCAUUAUGCAAUUGGACAAUAUGGAACACUGUCAUGUAUUCAGUUAUAUAUGUCCUUACUUUUAUUAGUAAGUACACCAAACAAUUUAUGAAGAGUUGUAAUCUAAAUCCCUGGAUUUUAUAAGAGAUGACCUAUUCACAUUUCACAACCUUAAUUGUCUUAUAAAUCUCAUGAUAUUAUUAAUUAAUCUAAACCCAUAGUCAUAAUAAAAAGUUCGAUGUAAACAUCCCCUAGCUGCCCCACUAACAAUUUUGCUAAUGUUUAAAUACAUACAUUGUGCAUGUCAUUGAUUUGGUAUGUAUUGAAAGUAAAAACUUUGUUUGUUAUCAUAUAUAUAUACAUAAUUAGAAAGUUUAAUCACUAUAUAACAAACUGUUUGACUGUAGCAACUUCCAUGUGACUAGUUACCAACAGAUUGCGUACAAAUGUCUGCUAAAAUUCAACUUCUAUAAAAAGAUUUGAUUAUUUUAAUAACAAAACUUCCGUGAAGAUUUGAUUACAUAAAAAUCAAUAAUAUUAGAACAUAGACAUAUAUAUAUAUAUAUAUAUUGGUGUAAACAAAGUAUAAGCGUAUGCAUACAAUUCCGACCGAACUCCGACGCCUUUCCACCGCGCAAUUCGCCACACGACUGUGAGCGCGCUGGUGUAACUAAAUGCGAUUUUGACUCCAAUGUAUCGGCCCCAUUCGUAGUGCUCGUAAGGCCGGUUUUUACGAAGUAAUAUGUAUGUCUAUGUAUUAGAAUGAGAGUCAUAAACAGAUGCACUUAGCUACAUUUUGUAUUAAUAAAAUAGAUGUUAAUCAUAAGAAGUGUCUGGUUAGUGUCCAAUGUGUCUGGUACCGCAAUAAUUAACUUACCUAUUAUUAUAUUAUACAAGAAGUUGGAAAGGACAAUUCUGAAGAUUCUCAUCAUUACAUUAUUGUAAAACUCCUUUUCUAUCACAGUGUUUACCUUUAAAAGAGUACAAGUGAUACGUUAACCCUUACAUUUUGAUAUACGAUAUGCAGCAUUAUAUCUAGUUUAUCGGGAUUCUAUGCAAAAAUAUAUGCUUGAGUCAUUCAAGUUUAUAAAUAUACUUCUAACAGCAAUGUCCCAAUGGAAACAAACUGAAAUACUGUAGUGAUUUUCUUGUUUUCUAAUAAAGCUAAAACUUUGAAAUGAAAUGUCAACGGUUCCAUGGACGUUUUACGUAUGUGUAAUAUUUGUCUUCUAGUAAAAUAUUAUUUUCGGUUUUUA